CCUUAUGAUACCCGCACAAACACUUGUAAAUAUAUUAUUAGUGUUACAAUUAGUGUUGUAAUAAUAUUAUUAGUGUUUCGCAAACGGUCGCACGAUCAACAUAUAUAUUCAAGCUACAAUUAAUAACAAUAUAAGUUGUACCGUUCUAAGCGUGAUGUUGAAUCCUGAACCACGGAUAAUACGAGACCCAAUCGUAAAUUAUAAUAAUUUUUUCAAUCCGUACAUCUGUCAUGUUUGCAAAUUUCCAGAGGUCCUGGAAGUAUGUCAUUGGUGCCGUUUGAUCUCUUAUUGCUGCAAAGAGCACUUGCAAUUGCAUCGAGUGGAACACCAAGAGUUUUGUCUGGCUGUAGUAAGCUUGAGUGUCGAAGUAUUCAACAACCAAAAUAUAACUCUUAAGGAAUGGAAUGAAUUUAACAAGGUUAAUUUGGAAAGAGUUAAGGAUAAAUUGGGUCGCAAUCUAAAACGAUAUGAAGAGCAAAUAUUCCUAUUUGCAAAAUCGUGUCGUAAAUGCCACCGCCAGAAUGACCUGAGUCUCGUUUGCAACACAUGCAAGUCGGUCAGCAUGUGUUCUACGCACAACUCAACUCCUUAUCUGCACAACUGCGCGAAACUACAGCUUUGUACAAGACUGGAUAUCGAAAAUGCCGUAAUAAAUGAAGACGAUAUACCAAUGCCGAGAAGGCUUGUACGUUAUAGAAAUUUGCGCAAUAUGAAAACAUAUAUUCGACGUGGUUUAGGACGUAGUAGUGAUUUCGAAACAUGGGAAUAUGCUGAUUUUUUAUAUACUGAUUGUCUCUCAAAACCAUUGACGUUAUUGUAUUACAUACAAGAAGAUAAUAUAUACAAUCUGAAGUCAUGUAGGAACUGGAGAAUUCACGUUAUAGCCGGAACCUUCGUGGGUAGAAAUAAUUUAUUGGCUUGGGAAGUCUUCUUACAUCAAAUGAUUCCUGAUUCAAAAUUAUAUAUUAUAAUGGUAGGACCACACUUAGAAGACGGUUUAGAGACUAUACAGCAUUGUCGAACUUGCCGCGAACAAAACAAAGAAGUUUUUUUUCGUUAUCGUAGUAUGACAUAUAGAAAUUAUAGACGUUCUAGGUCAUAUCUAAGAAAUAGGCCAGAUAUAAUUGUUGGAUUUGACGUAGAUUUUAAGGAUAACGAAAUGUCUAUUGUAGCAGCAUUAUUGAGUCAGGACAUCCCGUUAUUUUUUACCUGCAAAUCAGAAAGUAAGGCGGAAGAGAUCGUUACGGAAAUAGGGGCAACAUACUUCAAAGUUCCUGUCAUUUAUGGUUUGAAUAAAUUCGCAUCUUGUAGACCAUAUAGAGAUGUUGAGAGUGAUUCUCCGUUAUUUCUUCAUAAGUAUUUAAUUAUGUAUUUAGAGAACAACUCAGAACUGUCAGAAUAGUCAGAAUAAGAACUUAGAUAUUUCUAGUAAUGACAUCAAACCUAGUAUAAGGAGCAAUUUAUUUGAAGAAUAAUUGUACCGUCACACCAUUCGUCGAUCGCAUCAUUAUAAACAAUUUACAAGGGACGACCACAUCGAGAAUGCUACAUCAAACUAAACGCAUGAACAUAUUCGCUAAUAUAUAAUGCAGCUGAGUGAAUACUGCGACAUGUAAGGUUCUCGUGAUGUAAUGCGAAAUGGACUAACUUUAAACAUGAAAAAGUCAAAGUUAUACAUUACAAGUUAUUUAUGAGCUGUAUAUUUCGUGAUCCGGAAGUAUACAAAAUCAAAUUUCUUUAUUUGCAAAAUCGUAUAUUAUUUGUCUUUGACAAGAUCAUUUGGUUGCACAACUUAGGCAUCGGUAAUUGUUCUAUUAGGACUAUUCCAAUAAGGAUAAUUUAGUAAUGUAGUAGAUUGUUAAUAGGUGUAAAGAUAAAAUAUUAUAUAUGUAUGUAUGUGUAUAUAUAUAUUUAAUUUUUAUCAUAUAGUUUUAAAACUGUAUCAUAUACAGCUGUAAAACUUCCAGGUAUAUAAUAUUUUAUUAGUGCCUCGCGAUAAUAUAUAGUAUUUUAUUAGUGCGAUAAUCGCCAAUUCGACAUCUGUACUGAAUGCCAAUUGUCAUACGUAUAAAUAUAAACACAGAUUUCGAAUGUUUGUCUCUUCUGCGCGCUAUUCUAGAUUAAUAUUACUAAAUAUAUCCUACUUCUAAACGUUAGUAACGCGAACAAAUUUUAGAUAUUAUGUUGAUAUUUGAACUGCUCACAGAGCAAUUUUUGUUUGUAUACAAUAUAAUAAAUUAAAUAUAAAUACAAUAUAAUAAUUUUUGUUUGUAUUACAAUAUAAUAAAUUUUCCUCUUACGUAUGCAAAUCUAUAUCAGCUUUUAUGUAGUAUUUUCGGCGUGAUAUGAUUUCGUAUUACAACGUAAGGAGCACAGUUUAAAGCAUCGAACGAGGCAUAUCAAAAGAACCUGCAAGUAUGUCAUUGGUGCCGUUUGAUCUCUUAUUGCUGCAAGGAGCACUUGCAGUUGCAUCGAGAGCAACACAAAGAGUUUUGUCUGGCUAUACUAAGCCUGAGUAACGAAAUAUACUACUCCCAUAAUAUGACGCUUAAGGAAUGGACUGAAUUCAAGAAAGCUAAUGUGAGAAGAGUUAAACAUAAACUUGGUCGCGAUCUAGAGCCAUAUGAAGAGCAAAUAUUGCUAUUUGCAAAAUCGUGUCUCAUAUGCCGUCGCCAGAAUGACCUGAGGGUCGUUUGCAAGUCAUGCAUGUCGGUUAGCAUGUGUUCUACGCACAAAUCGACUGCUUAUGUGCACAACUGCAAGGGCCUACUGCUUUGUACAAGACUGGAUAUAGAGAAUGCCGUAACAAGUGAACAGAAUGUACCAAAGAUUUUAAGUUAUGAAUAUUUGAAAACAUAUCUUCCACAUCGUUUAGGAUGUAUUAGUGAUUUUGAUACUUGGAGCAAUGUUGAUUUUUUAUAUACCAAUUACUUGUCAAGACCUAUGACGUUGUUAUCUAACAUGACGAGAGCAGGUAUACACGAACUGACAUCUUCUGCAAUCUUUACAAUUCACGUUAUAGCCGGAAGCUUCACGGAUCAAAAUAGUCUAUUGGCUUGGGAAUUCCUUUUACAUCAAAUGAUUCCUUGGUCGUCAUUAAUUGUUGACAUGACAGAGUCAAAAUUAGAAAAUAAUCUUUAUGAUAUACCGCUUUGUCAAACUUGCUGUACUCAAAACAAAGACAUUUUUUUUGAUUAUUUCCCUAUGACAUACAAUCAUUAUAUAUUCACUGAGAAUUAUUCAGAACCAAAUAUAUUUAUUGGAUUUGACAUAGAUUUUGAGGAUGAUAAAACGGCUAUCCAAGCAGCAUUAAUGUAUAAGCACAUACCGUUAAUUUUGACCUGCAAAUCAGAAAGUAGGGCUCAACAAAUCGUUACGGAAGUAAGAACAACUUUGAGCAAAGAGCCUGUCAUUAAUAAGAAGAAUAUAUUCGCAUCUUGUAGACCAUAUAGAGAUGAUGAGAGUGAUUCUGUGUUUUUUCAACACCAGUAUGUAAUUGUCUAUAACGAAGAAGCUUACAAAAGGAGAAAUUUAGGUACUUCUAGCAAUCACAACCAAUUCAGCACCAGCAUCAAUUUAUUUCAAGAAUAAUUGUACCGUCAUACUGGUUGUAUCAUUAUAAACUAUAUACAAGGGAAGUCCACAUCAAGAAUGCUGUAUCAAACGAAACGCAUAAAUAAAUCUGACAAUAUAUAAUGCAGCUGAGUAAAUCCUGGAACACGUAAUGUUUUUGUGAUAUAAUGCGAAAUGGGUUAACUUCAAACAAGAGGAGGUCAAAUUUAUACAUUACAAGUUAAUUAUGAGCUCUAUGUUUCGUGACCGAGAAGUGUACGAAAUCAAGUAUCUUUAUUUGCAAAAUCGUGUAUUAUUUGUCGUUAACAGAAUCACCUGACUGCACGACUCCGGCAUCGGGAACCUCUCUAUUACGACUAUUCCAAUAAGGAUCAUUUAGUAAUAUACUAAAUUAUAAAUAGAUACAGAGAUAAGAUACUAUAUAUGUAUAUACAUAAUAUUUGUUAUAUAUAAUUGAAAAAUUAUAUACUAUAUCAUACAUAAUUGUAAAACUUCCAGAUAUACGCUAGAACAUUGGUGAAUAUUUUAUUAGUACCAUCGACAGUCGCCGAGUCAUCUGUACUGAAUGCCAAUUGUCCACUGAGUACAAAUUGUCAUACAUGAAUAUAAACACAGAUGUUUCGAGCGUUUGUCUCUUUUGCUCUAGAGCAAACUCCGUUCUAGAGUAAUAUUACAAAAUAUCUUCCAAAUGUUUUAUUAAAUUAUGCGGACAUAUUUUAGAUAUUAUGUCGACAUUUGGACUGUUUACACUGCAAUUUGUCUGUACAAUAAUAAAUUUUUCUAUUCUAACGUUUGCCACGUAUGCAAAUCUAUAAGCUUUCAUGAAAUACUUAAGAUGUAGUAUAAUUUCUAAUUACAGCAAGGAGCACAGAUUAAUGCAUUGAUACACCCACAAUGUUUUCACAUAUGAAAGCAAUCGAUAUAUUCCCGAUAAUCUUUAGAGUAUAAGUAUGUGAGAUGUAUAAGAUAUGCAAUAUUUUAACCAGAGAUUUGCAACGUGAUAGAAACAUAUUUUUUUGGUUGGUUAUUACGAAUAUUUUAAAUACUUUUCUAUAUUGUUGGCAUUGUUUAAUGGAAUUUUAUAAGCGAAUUUAUUACAUGAUCUGCAGCCUCCACACGAUUUUUUAUACUUCAUCUUAUAGUAUCUGAAAGUUUUAUACAUGUACAUAGUUUAGUAGCUUGGGAAAGCAUUUUGUAUGAAUUUCUGUCAGAAAUGCAAUUACAUUUUUCAUUACGGUUAUAUUUUCCGAGGUAUUUUAAUUGGAAACAUUAUCGUCGCAAAAACCCCGGAAAAGCUUCUUGGUAGCGCCGUAUGCCAUGAACACAGUCACAUCUCGGUCUCGGUCUGUCAUUCUCGAAUCUAUCAUUCUCGAAACUCGUCAUUAUGUAGUUGGCGUCGCGAUGCUACCGCGUCGUUUGAUGAACUCUACAGAAUUUUUAUUGACUGUGCUCGGAGGAAGAAUUGUAGCCAAUAUGUAAAUACAUACCACCCGAUUAUACGCUGAAGCAUAUUUGAUAAUAAUGAAUCAUGUUGGAUUAUUUUACUGA